AGGAGGUGUCACGAAUCUCGCCGAAGAUGGUGCCUCUUUCUGUUCGGCGGCGCUCGGCGGACAUCGUCGCCGGCCUAUUAGCUGCCAUCGAUUCCCUUUCGGUUUUGAAACCAUGGACCAAAAAAUCCCAUAUGAUGACUACCAACUCCCUGUGGUCUUUUUACCUUCUUAUGAGAGUCCCCCAGCAUGGAUAGCCCCUCAGGAGCGGAUCCACCAUCCUGACUACAACAAUGAGCUGACCCAGUUCCUGCCACGCACCAUUGUGUUGAAGAAACCUCCAGGGGCACAGCUAGGCUUCAACAUCCGUGGGGGAAAGGCCUCCCAGCUGGGCAUCUUCAUCUCCAAGGUGGUCCCAGAUUCGGACGCCCACAGGGCAGGGCUCCAGGAGGGAGAUCAGGUGCUGUCUGUCAAUGAGGCGGACUUCCAGGACAUAGAGCACUCGAGGGUCUGUGAUGCUGUAGAGAUUCUGAAGACUGCCAGGGAGAUUCUGAUGAGGUUGCGCUUCUUUCCCUACAACUACCAGAGACAGAAGGAGAGGACUGUGCACUAGGUGACAGGAAGGUUCCACGGGAGAGUGAGAAACAGUAUGGUUACAUGCACAUAAUAAUAUGAUUAUUGUGGAUAGUAAGGUUAAUAUAAUAGUUCAUUUAAAAUGUUUACAUGCUUUGCAAGAAUAACAAUAUCCCAAAUAAUCCUGUUUACAUGAACACAUCUGAAAUCAGGCUACCUGAUGGGACUUUUGAGAAAUAAAGAAAAUCGGCAAUCAAAAUAAAACCUACCACAGUGACCAUGUUA